AUCGUUGUCAAAGUUCGUUUUGAAAGGAAAAAGUUCUAAAUCUAUUUUUUAUAGUUUAUUUUUCUUCUUUUAAUAUUAAUUACUAUAAUAUCAAAGCAUUUGGAGUGUAAUGAAAGUUUAAAGUGGAUCCAUUAGUGAAAUUAGCAAUUUUUCCCCAACAGUCAGUAAAUAACCCAUGAAAUUGCAAUUAUAAUUGGUGCAUCCUGAAAUUCUGAGAAGUGUUUUUACCAAAGAAAAGAUACAAGAAAAGUUUCGGUCACGUCGGAUCAAUACUACGGUUCAGCUCUCGUUACUUUAUGGAUCCCUAUAAUGGCGGCAAUACACGUUUCCAGAUGACAGAAAAAUCGCCACCGACCAAUGGAAAAUCCCCUGAUAUAUUUACAAUCAGUGAUUUCAAUUCAAAAACUGAACUCACAAAGGAGGAACUCGCUGAAGAGGACGAGUUCGAAAAUGAGAUCUAUAAUCCUUUUGCCAAUCGACCUAUUGAAUAUUCAAAUUCAACAUUGGGUUCGUUAGUUCACCUGCUUAAAAGUUCUUUAGGAACAGGAAUUCUAGCUAUGCCUAUGGCAUUUAAAAAUUCAGGUCUAUUAGUUGGAGCUAUUGGAACGCUAGUUUUAGGAUUCAUUUGUACACAUUGUAUACAUAUAUUGGUGCGGACAUCGCAUAAUAUCUGUAAGACAGUAAAGAAGCCUAGCUUAGGAUUUGCAGAUACAGCUGCUGAAGUUUUUAAAUAUGGCCCUGCACCGCUCAGGAAAUUUUCAGGUUUUGCAAGGGCAUUCGUCGACUAUGGAUUAAUGGCAACAUACUUCAGCGCAGCAUGUGUGUACGUCGUCUUCAUAUCCGAAUCAAUUAUGAAUGUCGUUCAAUUUAGAACACACAUAAAUUGGGAUAUUCGUAUCUACAUUGCAUUUGUCAUUAUCCCCUUGAUAUUUAUCGGGCAAAUAAGAAAGCUGAAAUUCCUGGUUCCUUUCUCGGCUGUGGCUAAUCUCUUCAUCAUCGUUACAUUCGCGAUCACCCUUUACUAUAUGUUCAACCAACCAUUGCACUUCGAAGACAAACCUCUGAGUGCUUCAAUUGCCCAGUUCCCGUUGUUCUUCAGUACUGUCAUCUUCGCCAUGGAAGGAAUUGGUGUAGUUAUGCCCGUGGAGAAUUCCAUGAGGAAACCUCAACAUUUCUUGGGAUGCCCAGGAGUGCUGAAUACAGCUAUGAUCACAGUUAUCACCCUUUAUGCACUUAUCGGAUUCUUCGGCUACGUUCGUUAUGGAGAUAUCGUCAAGGGUAGUAUCACGUUGAACUUGCAGGAAGGCGAAGUGUUGGCCGACGUAGCAAAGCUUCUAAUGGCUGGUGCUAUUCUCCUUACCUAUGGACUUCAAUUCUACGUUCCUAUGGAAAUCUUAUGGCGCAGGAUCAAACCCAAGAUUAGUAAGGACAAACGCAGCAUGGUCCAAUAUAUCAUUCGUACCGUCAUUAUCAUCGCAACCGGAGGUGUUGCAGCUGCUGUUCCGAACUUAGAGGCUUUCAUUAGUCUUGUUGGUGCGAUCUUCUUCUCAAUAUUGGGUCUGUUUGUCCCAUCUGUAAUUGAAACUGUGUACCGAUACCCCGAUCUUCUGGGACCUGGAAGGUGGAUUCUCUGGAAGAACUCUAUUCUUGCCAUAAUUUCAAUUGCCGCAUUGAUUGCAGGCUCCACCGUCAGUAUUAUCGACAUCGUGAAAAUUUACACGGGUGACGAGCAGGAGUAAGGUCUACGCUCGUUACGAGCACAAACCGGUAGCUUUUAGUGAAAUAAUAUUUUUUUUAUUUUACUUUGCAAUUUUCACUUGUAAAUAACAAAACUAGUUUUAAGAUAAUUAAAUUAUCAUUGAUACAUGUUCGUUGUGUUAUUUUAAAUACUUCGCACUAAGAGACUGGCUUGGUUUGCGACAUCAAGCCAAGCUUAUCAAUCAAAACGUAAAAAUGGCAAAAUCAAAAUGUUUCGGAUUUUACUUAGGUUAAAUUCUCUAUAUUAAGUGAAAUAUAAUUAAAUUUAGUCAAGUAAAAUGAAAUGUGACACGAAACAGGUAUUGAAUUAGGAUAAUAAGUGUGCCUUUGUAAUAUAAAUCUUCGCGUUAGUCCUAUGUUAACGAAAAUGAAAAAAAAAGAGAAAGUAAACUCUAUUUUAUAAAU